AUGACAGUGCCGCAGCAACACUCCAGAGAACCAUCACCCACGUCAUUAUCACAGCCCAACCACCCAACAUCGGCGGUUGAAUUAAAAGAGACCACCACAUCAAUAACAGGUCAGGAUAAUCAUCGACAAGAGAAUUAUACAACUAGAGCAGAAUUGCAAUCAUCGACACCACCACCGAGCGAAGUGGAUUUAGAGUCUCAAGUGUUUGAAGACGAUGAGACCUAUGCAUCGAGUCAUCAACCAUUAAUUGAAAAAAACAAUCUUUCAUCAUCGGAAAGAAGUACAACGGGUAAUAGCAAUGGAGAGUCGUUGGAAGAAAACUAUUUUGAGCAAUCAAUUUUUAAAAUUGUAUAUAAGAGAGGCAUUUGGCUGAUUUUGUUGUUGAUUUUACAGUCAUUUUCUAGUUUCAUUUUGGCGUCUUUUGAGGCAUUACUACAAAAACACAUUAUAAUUUCAUUAUUUCUCACAAUGCUCAUUGGUACAGGAGGUAAUUCUGGAUCACAAUCAACCAUUGAAAUAGUUCGUCGCAUUACAACUGGAGAAAUCAAAAAAUCCAAUAUUUUGUCUGUCAUAUGGCGUGAAUUUAGGGUAGGAAUUUUGUUGAGUUUGUUUGUGGGAGUUGUUGCGUUUAUUAGAGUGUAUUUUUAUAGAGUAUUUAACAUGUCCACCGAAGAAAUGCAAGGCAUGUCACCGAUUAUUGCAGUAUUCUAUCAUGUCACUUUUUUGAAAGAACUAUUUGCGCUUACCUUGAGUGUGAUACUAAUUGUGAUCAUUAGUGUUUUGAUUUGUGCAGCUAUUCCAUUAUUUGUGCAUUUUGUACUUAAAUUUGAUGCAGCUAUUUCUUCGGGACCGAUGGCUUCCGUCGUUAUGGAUCUAAUUGGAGUGUCUAUUACUGUGUUAGUAUGUUCAAUGACUCUGUAG